AUGAGCCAGGCCAAAGAACUUCGGUUACAACACGACGGCCGCUCGAUUGCCGGGCUGGUUUGGGGUGAUGACAACCUGCCGAAGAUGCUCGCGUUGCACGGUUGGCAGGAUAAUGCCGGGAGUUUUAGUCGCCUUGCGCCGCUGUUGGCCAAGCAACACCAUAUUGUCGCCAUAGACUUGACCGGACAUGGCCAAAGCAGCCGAUUGCCGGCCGGUGCUUGGUACCACCAUGUCGAUUACCUGACCGAAGUACUGGCGGUUGUCGAACAACUCGGUUGGUCGCGGUUGGACCUAGUCGGGCACUCGAUGGGUGGUGCGUUGGCGGCGCUUUGGGCGGCGGCGUUGCCGGAACGAGUUGAGCGACUCAUUUGCAUCGACUCACUGGGUUCAGUCACCGAUAGCCUGGACAACACGGUCGGCCGCCUGCGCAAGGCGCUGACCGAGCGCCAGCAGUGGCAAGACGGCACUCGUGGCAGGGUUUACUCCGAUAGAGCUGCUGCAGUUGCCGCCCGCUGUCGUAGUGGCGCGCUGUCGCAAAUGGGAGCGAGCGACCUGGCCGAGCGCGGCCUCGAACAGCUCACAGAUGGCUACCACUGGAGCGUUGAUCGUCGCCAACGCGUGUCCAGCAUCACGCAGUUUACUGAGCAGCAGAUUCAAAAGGUGUUGAGCGCCUGCGUCAAACCAACGUUGGUCAUCCACGCUCGCGACAGCGCCUUCAAGUUGCCUGCAGAGAUCUUCAAGGCCCGCCUGGCCGCUAUGCCUGCGACCACUAAGAUAGAGUUAGCCGGUGGCCAUCAUCUGCACAUCGAGCGAGCUGUGGCAGUAGCUGAGUGCAUUGAAGACUUCCUGCAGACUCAUCCAUUAGCUAGCGCGCCGGAACGGCCUGAAGGGUAA